AUGAAGUCGUUCAGCGGUGCAGUGAGUACGAGUGCGCUUGCGCUGCUUGCGCUGCAAGCGUCCGGCGUUAGUGCCGACAGUGCUAAGUCGUUUGUGCCCAGCAACAUCCGAGGCCUGUUCGUUGAGCAGUUCACGCCUGAUUGGGAGUCGCGCUGGACGCCAUCUCAGGCUAGCAAGUUCCAGCGUGGCGCAGAAGAGUUCAAGUACGAUGGUGUAUGGUCGGUCGAGGAAGCAUCGAUGUUCCCAGGUAUACCUGGUGACCUGGCCCUGACAAUGAAGAGCAAGGCCAAGCAGCACGCCAUCAGCACGCUGCUGGACAAACCGAUUGUGUUUGACGGCACGAAGCCACUGGUCGUGCAGUACGAAGUCAAGAUGCAGAAUGGACUUUCGUGCGGUGGUGCUUAUGUCAAGCUGCUGAGCAGCAGCGAGAGUGACUUGGACCCGAAGCAGUUCGCCGACACGACGCCAUACUCCAUCAUGUUUGGUCCGGACCGCUGCGGGCCUGACAGCAAGCUGCACUUUAUUUUCCGCCACAAGAACCCCGUAUCUGGCAAUGUGGAAGAGAAACACCUGAAGGUGCCACCUCACGCGAAGGUGUCGAAGGUAUCGACGCUGUACACACUCAUUGUCAACCCUGACAACACGUUCGAUAUCCAAGUCAACGAGGAAUCCGUGCUGAAGGGUAACCUACUGGAAGACUUCUCGCCAGCGGUGAACCCACCGAAGGAAAUUGACGAUCCGAAUGACUCGAAGCCGGAAGAUUGGGUCGACGAGUCGCAGAUCCCUGACCCAGAGGCAGUGAAGCCAGAGGACUGGGACGAGGAUGCGCCAGCGAUGAUCGCGGACCCAGCGGCCAAGAAACCAAUUGACUGGCUGGACGAGGAGCCCCUCAUGGUGCCGGACCCCAAGGCUACCAAGCCAGAGGAGUGGGACGAUGAGGAAGAUGGCGAGUGGAUCGCUCCUCCUGUGCCGAACCCGAAGUGUGACGACGUGUCGGGCUGUGGUACAUGGACCGCGCCGAUGGUCGCGAACCCGGCGUACAAGGGCAAGUGGACGCCGCCACUGAUCCCGAACCCGGCAUACAAGGGUGAGUGGGCGCCUCGCAAGAUUGAGAAUCCCGAGUACUUUGAGGACAAGCAGCCCAACAAGUUCCUGCCAAUUGGCGGUAUUGGCUUUGAGUUGUGGACGAUGGACGAUGACAUCCAGUUCGACAAUAUUUACAUCAGCAACGACCCGAAGGAGGCUGCCAAGUUUGCUGACGAGACGUUCCGUGUAAAGCUGCCCCUUGAGCAGAACAGGGAGCAGGAGACCAACGACAAGGACGAUGAGACGGUCAAGCCACCAGCUGCCAAGUCGAGCCUCGAGCACUUUGCGAACCAGAUCCGCCGUCGCACCAAUGUGCUUGUGGAGCGUCUUUCGACCGAGCAGGACAAGCUGCGUGUUCUGCAGCAGUCGUCGGACAUUGUUGGAUUCUAUGCGGCUGUGGUUGCCGUGCUUCUCGGUUUGGUGGGUCUGUUUGCCUCGAUGCUGGGUGGAAGCAGCACCGCCCCGCCAGCCAAGCAGCAGCCAAGCACCAAGAAGGAUGAGCCGAAGUCUGCGGCUAGCACCGCCGUCAAGGGCGCCUCGUCAUCGGUGCAAGAUGCCUCGGCAAAUGUCACGAAGCGUGCUGCUGCCGCUACUGGCACGCAGUGA